GAGGAAGAAUGGCGGAUUCGUGCCCACGCACCACUGCAACGGUCGGGGCCGCAGGCUCCAGCGGCGCUGCCGCCGCAGCCACGGCCGCCGCCGCCGCUGCUGCUGCCGCCGCCCCGGCGGGCUCGGUGGCGCAGGACGGAGCGCCGGCAGCCGCGGGACCCAAGGUCCCGUCCGAGUCCGUGAAGGGACAGAUUUUCGACGUGGGCCCCCGCUACACGAACCUGUCCUACAUCGGGGAGGGGGCGUACGGAAUGGUCUGCUCUGCCAUGGAUAACGUUUCAAGCCAGCGCGUAGCCAUCAAGAAAAUCAGUCCAUUUGAGCACCAGACGUAUUGCCAGCGCACGCUGAGGGAAAUAAAGAUCCUGCUGCGUUUCCACCAUGAGAACAUCAUCGGCAUCAACGACAUUCUCCGGGCACGGCACAUCGACAACAUGAGGGAUGUCUACAUCGUGCAGACCCUGAUGGAGACGGACCUGUACAAGCUGCUGAAGACCCAGAGGCUGAGCAACGACCACGUCUGCUAUUUCCUCUACCAGAUCCUGCGAGGCCUCAAGUACAUUCACUCCGCCAACGUGUUGCACCGUGACCUCAAGCCCUCCAACCUGCUCAUCAACACCACCUGCGACCUCAAGAUCUGUGACUUCGGCCUGGCACGGAUAGCCGACCCCGAGCACGACCACACGGGGUUCCUGACCGAGUACGUGGCCACGCGUUGGUACAGGGCUCCGGAAAUCAUGCUCAACUCAAAGGGCUACUCCAAGUCCAUUGACAUCUGGUCAGUGGGCUGCAUCCUGGCUGAGAUGUUGUCCAACAGGCCCAUCUUCCCCGGGAAACACUACUUGGACCAGCUCAACCACAUCCUGGGUGUCCUUGGCUCUCCAUCUCAAGAUGACCUGAACUGCAUCAUCAACAUGAAGGCCAGGAACUACCUGCAGUCCCUGCCUCAUAAACCCAGAAUCCCGUGGGAAACGCUCUACAAGGCGGACACAAAAUCUCUGGACCUGCUGGGGCGCAUGUUGACCUUUAACCCCGUGAAGCGCAUCAGCGUUGAGGAGGCACUGGCUCAUCCGUACCUGGAGCAGUACUACGAUCCCUCAGAUGAGCCCGUAGCAGAGGAGCCCUUCACUUUCUCCAUGGAACUGGACGACCUUCCCAAAGAGAAGCUGAAGGAGCUGAUCUAUGAGGAAACUGCUCAAUUCCAGGCAACCUACCAGGGCUCCUGAGACACACGGCCUUAAAGAGCGACAAAGCCACUCAGAGGCUUUGAACAAGAAGACCCCAAACGAAAAAACGCAUCCUAGAGAAACCAACAAAAAGAUAAAACAAGAAAUGAACAUUUAACUGCUUAUCUUUCCAUUUCUGCUGCAAGAGAGCCAAGUUUAACUUUGAUUUCUGUGGUCGGGGGGGGCGGUGGGGUCUGUCGUACUCGCGCUGUUUGAGUUUUGUCCAUGUUGGACUCUCCCUCCUCUCGCCUCACUUUAGUUUUCCUGUUAAAGGUUUCUGUCUCCAGUAGCUCUCUGUCCCCCCCCCCCCCCCCCCCCCCCGACCCAUUCUCCUCUGCAGCUGAUCCUCAUAUAAACGACUGUAUUAACCCGCACCAUAACUCCCAUGUCUCGCUCCGUGUGACUUACGACCGAUCGAGGGCUAAGAGAACGUGGAUUCUAAUCGGGUGUGUGUGUGUAUAAAUAUACAUACAUACAUACAUAUAUAUAAGCUUUUUUUUUUUUUCUUGAAAUGUGCUCGUCAGUGUUUUGUUUGUACACCGUUAUUCGAGUGAUUCCACAUCAGUUCAGAGUCGUAUCUGUUUUUCGGAUUUAUAUUUGAGCAUUUUUUUUUUCUAACGCUUUAUUUCGUUUGAGACAAAUAUUCAAUGUUUUACUGGCAUGUUGGCAGGUUUACAGAUUCUGUCUUCGCUCUUUUUUUUUUUUUUUUCCUCUAAAAACAAACUGUGUAUGAUCAUAUGAAUGCAUGCAUUCCUGAAAUCAACCAAAGUGGUAAAGAGACCCUGAAAACUCUGCCGAGGAGCAACUAAGGAAUAUUUAUGUUGUUUUGUACCGUAGACGUAUUUCUUGAACUUUAACGUGUACCAAGGGCAGACUAACCUUCAUUUGUAGUUAAGUUACAAAUCUCCAAGUUGCUUAUAUUCAGGAGGAUUGGGAGAAAAAAAACAUAGAAAGUAAAACCCAUUACACGUAGUUUCUAUCUGCCUGGCCCAUUUUUCCAGAGCGCGCACGACCCCUCUGUGCCACGUCUAAACACUUUUGUCUCUCAACUGGGGGGGGGGGUGGACGCAAAACAGCAAGAACUGCCAGAGAGCCGAUGAGCUGCUGUGCGACACUGGUUUUGCGGCGCUGCGUGGGCCGCAUCGGGUCCCACGGCGCCCGCCAAAGGCCACCGGCGUCCGUCCACUGAUCCGGCGUCAGCUCCUGUGCUAAAUCACACCGCGAUGCAUAGCCGCGGGGAGGGGAACCACUCACAGCACCCAGUUGACAUCAGCGGUUCCAUUCUCCCCCCCCCCCCCCCAGAGGGCAUUUUCCGAUCACGAUCUGUGUUUUUGAAGUGUUUGAAUGUACGUCGCUGCAGCUUAGUGUUUUUUACGAGAGCAGCGCCUCUUCUACCGCGAAGAAAAACUGUGUGCCGCUGAAACACCUGGGCCAUUGGAACAACUUGCAUCUUUCAGACUGUUGUAUUUCCGAGAAGUUGUUUCCCAGUUGUCACUAGGACUCGGACAUUGAUGUCAGCGCCGUUUAAAAAAAACCCCAAACCCCCCCCACCCCCCGGAAUUUACGGAAUGUGGCAGUGCUGUCGAGUUGUUGUCUUCUUUGGCUGCUUCGCCCUCCUCUCUUCCGCAUGUGUUUUUCUUUGCUACCUGUUAACAUGCUGGAUGUCUAUUCUUCAGUGUGGGUGAUUAUUGUUUUUUGAAUGCUCUGUGUGUGUUUCUUUGUCCAUACGUUCCUGUCAGUCGCUGCUCCCUCCCUCGCUCUCUGUGUUCCGGAUGUGACCGCCCUGCGGGGUCCACCUCGGUCUGCCCUAAUUUCAGCUUGUUGCACUGGGACCAGUAGAGAACCCCUCACCUCCACCCCCCCCCCUCUCUUUAAAAUGGACCUACACAUGCACUGGAGCCUCUCUGGGGAGGCCUGUGAUAGAUCUGGAGCGCUCGCGGCUCGAGCCGCGUCACAGGCUGAUUUCUCAGAAGCCAUAGACAGCACUCUGGGAUCUCCGUCAGGUGUUUUUUGUUUUUUUUGGUGCAUGUGGUGAUGCGUGCAUUUUUUUUGGUUCAAUCUCUCGACUCUUGCCACGCUUUACUCAAAGGGCUGCCCCCCUGUCCUCCUCCUCCUCCUCCUCCUCUCGCUUCAGUCUGCUUCUCCACGGUGGGAUUGGUGAAGACCUUCUAAUCCACUGACUUUGCGCCCACUUUUUCUUCUCCCUCAUCGCCCCCGACUCCCCGGGAUCACAGAUCCAUGCAGGAAACUCGCAUAACUCAAUCAGCACGUCUGCACUUUGUCUUUCCAGCCACGCUAUCGCCCCUAUGAGGUCGUUUCUUGGUCCUGUAUCUUCAGCUUUCGGUUUUGCCCGAGUGUGUGUUUGUGUUAAAGCUCAUGGGGUCUGCAGUAAUGUGUGUACAAGUGUUUGUGUAUCUGCUCAUCAGUAACAUGAAGCAAAGACUUCUUUCUUUUUGUUGUUGUUGUUGUUGUGUGUGUUGGUCCCUCUCCUUGCAGUCAUUUGUGCAUUUACAUCUGAGACACAAAAACGUCGCACACAUAUUUUGUUUGUUUUUUACUUGCGUUUAGUCACCAGUCAACCAGUUCCAGCCUGCUUUUUCUCCCUCCAACCAACCUGCCAUCAGACCAAACAUCUCUCUAGUAACCAUGGGAACGAACCAGGAGGACCACAUUUUGCAAUCCUCCUGGCACACACACACACACACACACACACACUUCUUUCUGAGGAGUGUAUCGGCGUGUUUAUGAGAAGUUGCACUUAAACACACCACAUACAUAAACACACCACAUGCAUUAACACUGUAUCAAUGAGUCUAAAGGCCUGACGUCAUACGGCCUCUUUCCAGAUAUUGUUGUUUUUAAAUGGCUGUUCUUAUUAUUGCUAUUGUUGUUGUUGUUGAAUUGGUGAGUUGUUGCGUUUUUUUGUUUUUGUUUUUUUUUUUACAUUAAAGGGAGUUGUAUCUUUUUUGAUUAAUAAUUAGGAUAUUUUUAUUUGUUUGUUUUUUUCUUCAUUUCUCUUAUGGCUGUGAUUAUUAUCGGAAGUGUUCAAUCUUUCUGAAACAUUUUUAUUUUCUUUGAUUUCCCUCUGAGAUCUUUUCGGAGAUUGGAAUUUAUUUUAAAAGAUGUAUGUGGAUUGUCAGAGAUGAGAUAGUGAGGGUUAUAGUCUGUAUAUUCUAUGGGUAUUAUGAAUUAAACGAUUAACAAAGAAACAGAAUUAUAUACAUAUAAUUAAAUAAAAUCUCCUGAUACUGUU